GCGGACUGGUAUGCUGGCCAGCGACCAUGCUUUAUUCACACGGAGGAAGAGGGGGUGAAAGUUCAUAAUGGUUUGCACAUAUCAGGUGACAAUGCUGUGGAAAAGUUGGUCAGCGUCUGUGGUUUAGCCUAACCAACAGAGACAUUUAAGAAAAUGACCAGCAGCAGCGAGGGGGUUUCGAAGUACACCGAGGUCGAAGACGAAGAAACAUUGGCGAUUGGUUAUUACGAUGACGACGACGACGACUUUGAUACAUUCACAGACGGGAAUCUGGACUGUAGCUGCGAAGACGGAGGUGGUUUCAGUGACCCCCUCAGUGGAGAGGUGAAGCCCAGGAUCCUCCUCAUGGGUCUAAGGCGUAGCGGCAAGUCUUCCAUCCAAAAAGUGGUGUUCCACAAGAUGUCCCCCAACGAGACCCUGUUUCUGGAGAGCACCAAUAAGAUCUGCAGAGAGGACGUGUCCAACAGUUCCUUCGUCAGCUUCCAGAUUUGGGACUUCCCUGGACAGAUCGACUUCUUUGACCCCACCUUUGACUACGAGAUGAUCUUCAGAGGAACAGGGGCCCUCAUCUUCGUCAUCGACUCACAGGAUGACUAUGUGGAGGCGCUGAGUCGGCUCCACCUCACAGUAACCAGGGCCUACAAGGUCAACCCAGAAAUCAACUUUGAGGUGUUUAUCCACAAGGUGGAUGGGCUGUCGGACGACGCUAAGAUCGAGAAGCAGAGGGACAUACACAAACGGGCCAAUGACGACCUGGCUGACGCUGGCUUGGAGAAGAUACAUCUAAGUCUUUACCUGACCAGCAUCUAUGACCACUCCAUAUUUGAGGCCUUCAGCAAAGUGGUGCAGAAACUCAUCCCUCAGCUGCCCACUCUAGAGAACUUGCUCAAUAUCUUCAUAUCUAACUCGGGCAUAGAGAAGGCCUUUCUGUUUGACGUGGUCAGUAAGAUCUACAUCGCCACAGACAGCAGUCCGGUGGACAUGCAGACCUACGAGCUGUGCUGCGACAUGAUCGAUGUGGUCAUAGACAUCUCCUGCAUCUACGGGCUGACGGAGGAAGAGGCAGGUCAGCCCUAUGAUAAAGAGUCCAUGGCCAUCAUCCACCUGAACAACACCACCGUCAUGUACCUGAAGGAGGUCACCAAGUUCCUGGCUCUGGUCUGCUUCCUCCGAGAGGAGAGCUUUGAGAGGAAAGGACUAAUUGACUACAACUUUCACUGUUUUAAGAAUGCUAUUCAGGAGGUGUUUGAUGUACGAGUGAAGGUGCAGAAAAACAGAAAGCUACUCAGCCAGAGGAGGUGGAGCAAACAGGCCUCAAUUGAGUCCUCAGCAGCCACCACUGAACGCCGCCCCAUUGGUGGCAUCACAUGUCAAUCAACCAUCUUUAAAUCAACAUAAAAUAAAGAGGUGAUAUGUGAAGGGCUGUGGGCUGUAUGGCCCCAAACACACUCAGGUUGUACAACUGCUGUACAACACAUUUGGCACAACGUUUGUGAUACAACAGAGAG